CGACAUCGCCAUUCAUCCAGUUUUGACAUGGCGAGGAAACGCAACAACCGCCGUGGAGACGACUCGGACGACGAGGCUGUCCCGGCCGCCGCCGCCCCUGUUGAGGAAACGACGAAAGGAGGCAAGAAGGGUAAGGGUGGAAAGAAGCAGCAACCUGUUGCUGUUGUUCAAGACGAACAGGACAAUGACGAAGAUGAUCCGUACGUUGCAGCAACUGCCGCCGCUGCGUCCAAGAAGAAGGACAAGAAGAAGGACAAGAAAAGCAAGCAAGCGUUUGUGGAAGUCGACGAAGAUGUAGAAUCCGUGCCUGCCGUUGUGGAUGACGACGAGGAAGAGGACCCGUACCUUCAAGCGGCUGCCGCCGCCGCGUCCAAGAAAAAGGACAAGAAGAAGGACAAGAAGAAGCAAGCUGCCGUAGUCGUCGUCGACGAACAAGGCGAAGAAUGCGAUGAAGAGGAAGAUCCGUACCUUCAAGCUGCUGCCGCCGCCGCGUCCAAGAAAAAGGACAAGAAAAAGGAUAAGAAGGGAAAACAAGCAUUUGUCGAGGAAGAAGUGGACGAGGAAGACGAAGAAGACCCGUACGUCCAAGCGGCUGCCGCUACCGCAUCCAAGAAGAAGGACAAAAAGAAAGACAAGAAGGGAAAACAAGCGGCCGUAGUCGAAGAAGUCGAGGAGGAAGUGGACGUCGAAGAAGACCCUUACGUCCAAGCGGCUGCCGCAGCUUCGUCUAAGAAGAAGGACAAGAAGAAGAGCAAGAAAGGCAAACAAGAGGUUGUUGUGGAAAGCGAGGAAGAAGAGGAAGCAGACAUCGUUGUCGAGGACGUCGACGAAGUCGCUGCCGACGAAAUGCAGGACAUGGAAAGCGAGGUUGCGAACAUUGAAGAGUCGAAGAAGAAAGCUCCCAAAUCCGAAGCCGACAAGAAAAAGGACAAGAAGGCGAAGAAGAAGGCAGCGUUUGCGGCGGCUUUCUUAGAGUCCAUUGAAAAGGACGAGGAGGCGGCAGCGGCGGCCGAAGACAUUACCAAGGUAAAGAAGGAAAAGAAGGACCGAAGCAAGGACGGCAAGAAGCUCAGCAACAAAGAGCGUCGCAAGCUCAAGGAAGAAGCAGAAGCCGUAGAGCGCGACGCCGAAUACCAUCGCGCCGCCAACCCCAUGGACGGCAAACAAUUUUCCGUGUCUCAGCAAGCCUUCACGGAGGACGCCAACUGGGAAAACGCGACGGACAUCCACAUUGACAACUUCACCAUCAACGCCCACAACAAGUUGCUGUAUGACAAUGCGUCGCUGCACAUCAACCACGGCGGCAAGUACGGUCUGGUCGGGCCGAACGGACAGGGGAAGACGACAAUUCUCAAGAUGAUUGCGCUCGGCGAACUACGCAUCCCGCCGAAAAUUGACUGCCUGUACGUGGAGCAGGAAGUGGUGGCGGACGACACGCGAGCUGUGGACGCAGUCUUGAAGGCUGAUGCCGAGCGAUGGGCAUUGCUCCAAGAAGAAGCGUCUUUGCUGCAACAACUUGAAGAGAACCCGAACGACCAACUCGAUGAGCGCCUGAACGAAGUUUACGAGCAACUCGCUAGCAUGAACGCGUCUGCUGCCGAAGCCCGCGCGCGCCGCAUCUUGUUUGGGUUGGGGUUCGACUCGGAUAUGCAAGAAAAGGUGACAAAGGACUUUUCCGGUGGGUGGCGCAUGCGCAUCUCUCUUGCCAAGGCGUUGUACGUGGAGCCGACGUUGCUCAUGCUGGAUGAGCCGACGAACCACUUGGACUUGAACGCAGUCAUUUGGCUCGACGAUUACCUGCAAAAGUGGAAAAAGACGCUGUUGAUUGUGUCGCACGACGCCGACUUUUUAAACUCUGUCUGCGGAGAAAUCCUGCACUUGGAAAACAAAAAGCUGGUAUCAUACAAGGGCAACUACGACCAGUUCAAAGAGAUGGAGGUCCAGAAGCGCAAGCAAGCGGAAAAGGCAUGGGAGAAGCAGCAAAAGCAGCUUCGCGCCCUCAAGGCCAAGGGUGCGUCGUCAAACAAGGCGACCGACAUAAUCAAAAAGCAACGGGAGCCCGGUGCUCGCGCCGAGAAGAAGAAGGCCAAGUCGUCGGUCGAAUCGGCGCAAGACUCUGGCAAGACCAUGGAGCUGCUGGAGCGCCCGCGGGAGUACACGGUCAAGUUUAGCUUCAAAGAAAUCACGCAAUUGUCCCCACCGAUUCUCGAAGUCCGAGAGGUCAACUUCAAAUACGGCAACGGGCCAUAUUUGUUCAAGGAGGUGGACUUUGGGCUGGACACGAGCUCCCGAGUGUGCAUCGUUGGGCCGAACGGGGUCGGGAAGAGUACGCUGCUUAAGAUCAUCACGGGCGACUUGACAAUCGAAGAAGGUGAGGUUCGCCGCAACGGAAGGCUGCGCAUGGGUGUGUACAACCAGCAUUUCGUCGACAAGCUCCCGAUGGGUGAAACUCCUGUCGAGUACUUGCGUCGGCUGUUCCAGGACAUUACGUACCAAGACGCGCGCAACUUGCUGGGGAAGGUCGGGCUGGAAGGCCACGCCCACGAGAUCAAGAACCGACUGUUGUCGGGAGGGCAAAAGGCGCGUGUUGUGUUGGCCGAGUUGAUCCUCAUGAAUCCCCACAUGCUCGUGUUGGAUGAACCGACCAACAACUUGGACAUUGAGAGUAUCGAUGCGUUGUGCGACGCGUUGAACGCAUUUGACGGUGGCGUCGUCGUUGUGACGCACGACGCGCGGCUGAUUUCCGCCAUCAACUGCGUCCUGUGGGUGGUUGGCGACCAGGACUGCAUUGCGUACAACGGGACGUUCGAAGACUACAAGAACUCGAUUCUGGAGGACAUUAUGAAGAAGGCCGAGGACGAAGCGACCCGCAUCCAAGACAACGCAGCCAAGAAGGCAGAAAAGAGAGCUGAGAAACACAAAAAGUAGGUCAUCAUAUGCAGAGGCGAAUAUCUAGUUGAGAUCGAUUCCAUGGCCGACAAGUGCCACGUUGCCCUGGC